AAAAUAAAAAAGCUUGGACUUUUGGGUUUGGCCCGUAAAGGCGGCAGCAGAGAACAGGUCUCUCUCUGUUUGUCUCCGUCAUCAAAUAAUAUUAUAUACUCCGUCCAGAACAAGUAACCAAAAACCAAAGAAGCUGCCUAUAGUUUAUUGUCUUCUACAAUCAACAACUACACAGAAGGAGAAACCAAAGAAGAAGACCAAAGCAAGAAGAAGAAAAAGAAGAAGCUAUGAGCUGCUGUUGUGGAGACGAUUGCGAAUGCAGGCCUUUGGGGUUUUUACUUGGCCUGCCCUUUGCCUUCAUCUCUCUUCUCCUCUCCGUUGUGGGUGUGUUCAUCUGGAUUAUUGGGUUGGCGUUGACUUGCAUAUGUCCAUGCUGCUUGUGCGUGACGAUCGUAGUUGAGCUUGCACUGUGCUUGAUCAAGGCUCCCUUUUCAGUCAUGAAGUGGUUCACAUCUAAGAUUCCUUGUUAGAUUUCACUAUUUGAUAGCAUUUUUUGUUCAUUGGUUCUUGACCUUUAAAAGGCAUGGGGUCCUUUUGUUCCCCAGCCCAUCUUUGUUCAUUCAUAGUUUCUUUCAAUCUUUCCUCUUUCUACUCAUUUUUGUUGAAUAUUUAUUCAAUGAAUUUAUAGGGUAAUAUAUCAAAUUUGUGUUCCA